UGGCGUCCCCGCCUCCCAAGCUCUCGGCCCGCCGCGUUGCGCCGUCCUUCUCCUUCCUUUCCUUCUCGCUCCCCUUUUCCUUCCUUCCUUCCUUCCGCCGGGCGCGAUGGAGCCGGGGCGCCGGGCGGCCGCGGCGCUGCUGGCGCUGCUGUGCGCGGGCUGUGCGCUGCGCCCGGGCCGCGCCCAGUACGAGCGCUACAGCUUCCGCAGCUUCCCGCGGGACGAGCUCAUGCCGCUCGAGUCGGCCUACCGGCACGCGCUGGACCAGUACGGCGGCGAGCACUGGGUGGAGAGCGUGGGCUACCUGGAGAUCAGCCUGCGGCUGCACCGCCUGCUGCGCGACAGCGAGGCCUUCUGCCACCGCAACUGCAGCGCGGCGCCGCAGCCCGAGCCCGCCGCCCGCUUCGCGGGCCACCCCGAGCUGCGCCUGUUCGGGGGCCUGCUGCGCCGCGCGCACUGCCUCAAGCGCUGCAAGCAGGGCCUGCCAGCCUUCCGCCAGUCCCAGCCCAGCCGCGAGGUGCUGGCGGACUUCCAGCGCCGCGAGCCCUACAAGUUCCUGCAGUUCGCCUACUUCAAGGCAAAUAAUCUCCCGAAAGCAAUCGCAGCGGCUCAUACCUUUCUGCUGAAGCAUCCGGAUGACGAAAUGAUGAAGAGAAACAUGGCUUAUUACAAGAGCUUGCCUGGUGCUGAGGACUACAUUAAAGACUUGGAAACCAAGUCGUAUGAGAGCCUGUUCAUCCGAGCAGUGCGGGCAUACAACGGCGAGAACUGGAGAACGUCCAUCACAGACAUGGAGCUGGCCCUUCCCGACUUCUUCAAAGCCUUUUACGAGUGUCUUGCGGCCUGCGAGGGUUCCAGGGAGAUCAGGGACUUCAAGGACUUCUACCUUUCCAUAGCAGAUCAUUAUAUAGAAGUUCUGGAAUGCAAAAUACAAUGUGAAGAGAACCUCACCCCAGUUAUCGGAGGCUAUCCAGUUGAGAAAUUUGUGGCUACCAUGUAUCACUAUUUGCAGUUUGCAUAUUAUAAGUUGAGCGACCUGAAGAACGCUGCCCCCUGUGCGGUCAGCUACCUGCUCUUUGACCCCAGCGACAAGGUCAUGCAGCAGAACCUGGUGUAUUACCAGUACCACCGGGACAAGUGGGGCCUGUUGGACGAGCACUUCCAGCCCAGACCCGAAGCAGUUCAGUUCUUUAACGUGACUACGCUCCAGCAGGAGCUGUAUGACUUUGCUAAGGAAAAUAUCAUGGACGAUGAUGAGGGAGAGGUUGUGGAAUAUGUGGACGACCUCUUGGAAGUGGCGGAGACCAGCUAGUCCACAGCAACCAAAGGCACUUCCUCUUGAUGUUCAGGAAACCCAGAAUCUCUGUCCUCCUUUUCCCAACAGCCCAGGUGUUGAUACCUCAAAGCCUUCCCUUUACUAUAUAAAGCACAAAAGGGAAGUCCCCAUCUCUUCCUCUACAUG